CCGUGCCGAGCCGAGCAGUAUCGUACCCCGCCGCCGUGAUGAUGCCUGGCAGGACUCUGCGCAAGACAGCGCCGCCCGCCGCUCCCUCAGAGCGCGAGGUGGUGGCGGAGUGUGCCCUGGAGCUGCGCAGGAUCGGCGACAAGUGGAACCUGAGGCAAAAGAUCUUGAACCUCCUGACAAAGCUGUUCUGCCCAGAGACGUGACGUCUUCUCGGACACGGCGCGCAGAGAAGCAAGGGAAGACCCUGGCUCUGUGAAUUGUAAACAAGAGACUUCGCUGGGAGACGAAGAAAGCUCUUUGGAUUGCAUUUUGCUGCCUGUAGCCGCUGAAGGAUGGCUAUUGCAACGUGAUUACAUCGAAGAAUGGUAUAGCAAUAUUGGCGUAGGAAUGCCAGGUGGAGAAAGAGAUAGCGAUGGGCAGAGUCGCUUGCCACGCGCUGGUGAGACUUGGGGCAAGACGGAACUUGCCCUCCGUCUGGCCUGAGAACGCUUCCAGGAGCCUGGUUGUGCCGUUGCCCUCUGGUCCUCGUGGUCCACAGCCACUUUUCAGCGAGGAGCACAGACCACCUUCAGGAAAAAGCCAACAAACGGAACCUGGGGUUGUGUGUGUCAUCAUGCAAAAGCCAGUUGCUCGGUUUCUGACUGCUUUUGAUUUCUCCAGCGUGGAUUCUGCUGGACAGGGGAUCUGGUGGUGGGAUUAUUUUGUUAGUUAAGAAAACUACUGUCUAUUGAAAGCUUAUUUGUUACAGGGUGUUGCUUUGUGGACUAAAACCUACAAUUCUAUGAAUUAAUAUGAUGUAGAAUAGUUCUAGCCCAUAUAAAUACAUAUGAUACAUAAAGUAUAAAUAUGUGCACCCCAUGUGUAUGAAAUGAGUGUUUAACAGAGACAUUAAUUGAAUGCUACUUGUUAGCUUAAAAGAUACUAUGAAGAAACGUUUAAAACGUGGCAUUAAAAUGCAUAAUAUUAACUAGAAGAAAGCAAUGUUUUCUGAUGGUAAAGGAAAUACUUCCUGCAGCACUGAAGGGAGCAUAGUUUGGUAUAGCAUUGACAUAAGAUAUAUAUGAAUAUGUAUUACAUAGAUACAGAUAUUAAGGUAUUUGUGUUUGGUGGAAGGAUUCUUUCAAUAUUACAAAGAAAUUUUCGAGAACAAUGUAACAGUACUGUAUAAAGUAUGCUGUCUUUAUGAGCAACAAAUGAACUUGUCAGUAGAUCUUAAAAGAGGAAUCCAAGUGGAAUCUCAGAUCUUCUUGAGAACAUUAUUUAUUCAAAGAAAGCAACUACCUCUCUUUGAAGAAAUAAUAUUAAUAGAAUCGAAUGUUACAGUUUGUACAGGAAAGUAGGCUUGGAUUUGUGAAUGUUUAACUAUAAUUACCAGUGAAAUUUCUUCUGUUGUACUUUAUUUCCAUUUCAGUUGAUGGCAACCUCAUUUCAACUCUGGAAUGAGGAAGACACUGUAGCACGUCCAGUGUGAUGUGUUAUGCCUAUCUCACUGAGGAGUUAUUACCCUUCAGUGACUUUCAAAGACCUUAAUAACACAUACUGAUUGCCAUCCAGGCAAACAGGAGUCAGUUCUCUGAUAGUCAGUUCAUGUCAGACAUGAGCCUAAACAGUAUUUUUUCGUGGAUGCAAGCUAUCAGGAAAACAGCUGAAGCUGAACAGGUUUCGUAGCUACCUCUUAAGUCAGUGGUCAGAGUUCCUUCUCCUAACUAACCUUGUACAUAAGGCUGGAUAGUUGCACUUCAUGAAUUCUGGUUCUAUUGCAACAACAUUCUUUUCAUGCUUUGCAGUGACUUCUUACUUGUGUUUACAACUAAUGUUUUGGUUUAUCUCUUCUGAAUAUGCCUUUGUCAUUAUAUAACUCUGAUCACUGUCGCAAGCAACUGUGUAUGGCUGUUACUUGUCACUGAUUUGACUAAAUAGGAGCUGACUUAACACCAUCCCAAGGGCAUUACUGGGAACUUUGCUGUUGGCUUGAGCCACACGUAUGGUUCCCUCCUCCUCUAAAGCCUUUUCAGUGAGAACAUGAUGUUUCAAGAAUAGCUGUCAUUCACCUUAAUACUUCAAAGUAACAUAUUUUCCUCAUAUGCACAGGGGUUGCUUUUUCAGGUAUUAAAAAUGAAGUGGAAGGAGUCUGUGUUCAUCUGAACACCAGCUCCCCAGGCUAGCACCAUAUGCAACUUGACAAAGUAGUUCAUCACAGGCUGCCCUGAGUUUGUUGGAGCCUUCCUCAAACGAUGGUGGAAUGAUCACUAAAUAAUGAUUGUGCCUAUCUGGGACUCAGGAAAAUUAAGCAUUAGCUCAAAUGUAGUAGAAGAAAAGUGUUCCGCUCAGUGUAUGCUGCUUUGGAAUUCAGUAGUAAACAAGGUGCAGGCUUCAUUGAGCCUGCCCAGUUCUUCAGCUGUAGCACACAUGAAUGUUCUGUAUAAAAAGUGUCUUUAUAAAUGAUGGGGAUAUCAGGAUUACAGUAUUUUUUCUGUCUAGAUCUGCAAAGACUAUUUGUGUUUGUUUGUUUUUUUUUUUGUGAAAUGUUUUUGUGUUUCUUUUGAGUAUUGUGAAGAGUGCUAGCAUUCACCAAGAGUUCAGGAAAAAUGACCUAGAUGCAAGAUAUCAGUGCCAGUAUAUUAGCAAGCAUUUGCUGAUUUUGCCCUUGGAUUCCUUCUGUUAUUUCUGCAAAGGUUCCUCUAUGUGACUUCAUCAGUGUAAGUUAGUUUUUCUUAAGGCCUAUUCUGGAUGCAGGUCAGGUGUUUUGCUAUAUGCUCUGUGUAUGUGUGUCAUGCAUUCUGGCUGAGGUAAUAAAUAUAAAAUGUUUGUGGAAAAGAAUAAAAGAGUCAUUGUUAUAA